UAAAACACACCCACACACGACGCGCCUCCCCCGUUCCACCCGACUCCAAGUUUGCACAGCUCCCAAGUCGUCCUACUCUGCUCUGUGGCUGGCAGCUGCGGGCUGGCGGCAGCUCUCGUUAUGUCCUUGAAGACCCUCAUCUCCAGGGAUGGCCCCAGCCUUAGCCAAGCCUGUGGGCUGCUCUUCCUCUUCCCGCUGAUGGUCCAAGUCUUAUUGUUUGCCGCCACUUACCUCUACUUCACUAAUGAGCUGAAGCAGUUGGCACAGCUACAAGAUGCAAAUUCUCAAAGCAGCCUGGAGUGUCUUACAAAGGAAUACUUGGGAGCCAGGCUGGGUGACCCCAGUGGUGAUGCAGAACAGGAAGACCUCCCAUGCCUGCAGUUCAAAUGGCAGCUCCAGCAGUUGAUUAGGAAGGAACUUUUGACAAUCUACAAGGAUUCUUCUGCAAGUCAAGAUAAGAGUCAGAACAACCCUUUUGGAGCCAGAGAAAAGUUUAAUCAGAGUGCUGUCCAGAGAGUAGCAGCUCAUCUCACUGGAAACAGGCAGAUGAGUUCUCCCUUUUCUAGAAGUUCAUUGCUUGGAAGAGCCUUGGGUUGGAAAAUCAAAUACUGGGAAUCUUCAAGGAAAGGACAUUCAUUCCUCCAUAAUGUGGAUGUGGUGGAUGGUGAGCUCAUCAUUUCUCAAACUGGAUACUAUUAUAUCUAUUCCCAAACCUACUUUCGGUUCCAGGAGCUGGAAGGAAGUUCUGUCUCAGCUUUGAGUGAAGAGAGGAGUAAACAGCCCAAACAACUGGUCCAAUACAUUUACAAAGUGACAAGUUACCCAGAACCCAUCCUACUCUUGAAAAGCGUAAAGACUAGCUGUUGGUCUAAAAAUUCAGAAUAUGGACUCUAUUCCAUUUAUCAAGGCGGAGUGUUUGAGCUCAGGGAGAAUGAAAGAAUCUUUGUAUCUGUCAGCAAUGAAAAAUUGAUUGAUAUGGACAAAGAAGCUAGUUUUUUUGGCGCUUUUCUCAUUGGCUAAAUACUCAUAAUUACAUAUCUAAAAAGUAGCCACCACUACCAUUCUACCUGCUGCAUGAGACAUAAUGACAACAGACUUUCUGGCGAAUGAUCUUAUUAACAAUGAGAUCUGGCAGUCACCCGAUAAAUACACACUUACUAGCACCUACUAGGUGCUACUAGCACCUACUAGGUUAUCAGUCACUGUGCUAAGUACUGCAGAUACUAAUAUGAAAAAGAAAUACAGUCCCUGAUCUGAAGAAGCUUAAAAUUUAAUGGGAGAAGACAAGGCACAAAAAGAAGGGAAGGAGGGAAGGGGUAAGGAACCCACAUCCACAGCGUGAUGUCUAAGCCAAAGGAGUGAGGCGAGGUGGGAACUGAAGAGAUGGCUGGCCCGGGGGGAGCCCUUUUUAAAUGGGGCCUUGGGACUAGCUCUUUGUUCUGUCUUCUAGCCCCAGUUCCAAGUGUUAUAGAAAUAGCAGCAUUGGGGAGUGGAUGUGGUAUAGUAGCAGGUCAUCUGCUUUUGCUACCACCAAAAGUUCUACAAAUAAUUUAGCAUAUAUGGUUCCCUUAGCCUAUUUGUAAUUUCAUUCCAAGUCUAUGACCUUUGCUAGUUCUUCUAACACAGCACUCUGAUUGUCUACCACUGAUGAAUGACUGCUUAUCAACAGUGUUUACACACUGAAGGGCGGACAGUAAGAAGAGGAAAGCACCCGAGUAUUAUUAUGUUGUUCUUAUGACCCGAACUGUCCAUCUGCUCAGUCCUUUUCAGGGACAUCACUAUAGAUCCUUUUGAAAAAAAUGCCCUUUUCAGGGGGCAGCUAGGUGAAGCGGCGGAUGGAGCACCGGCCCUGAAGUCAGAAGGACCUGAGUU